GCGGAGAUAAGAAGCCAGAUGGGGACUGAGAUGCCGGGACCAGAGAACUGAGAGAUGUAUUAGAGAAGGAUUAGGAAAGGAGGGGAAAACACUGCAUCCAGGGAGGAGGAGAUAACACUACCUGGGCUCACCAGAAGACAGCUCCAGCAUUCCAAGGAAGGACCAGGCACAGGAGAGAUGCACCUGGAGAAGUACCUGAAACCUUCGUGAACUGGGUUUACACUCUAACAAGCAAGAAUGACAUGAUCUUUACAUCCUACUUUAUGUAGAACGUUCCGUCUUCACUUUGAGCUUUUAUAUCGAGAGCUAUAUUUACUAGAGUUAAACGUCAGCUCUGCUACUCUAAGGACUUAAAGAAACAUUGACUGUAGAGGAUCGUUCUGUCCUGACAUGUCUCAUUCUCUACCAUCAAUCUCCUUCAGAGGAAUCCAUGGAAAUAUCUAUUAUCUUCUUCUACUGCUCUUCCCUGGGGUGGUCAUCUCUACGCAUCCGGAAUGUGAACUGGUCCUUCAGGUUCUAGAGCAGGAGGCUGAAUGUUAUAAGAGAAUGCGAUCGGAGAAUCACACAGUACACAGAACCACCAAUGAAGGAUGCCUGACUGAGUGGGAUGGUGUCAAUUGUUGGAAUGCAGCUUCUUUAGGAGAGACCGUGACUGUCUACUGUCCAGAAAGUCUUCAGAUAUUUCUUAAGACAAAAGUCGCCAUCACUAGGAAUUGCACUGAAAUUGGUUGGACUGCUCCAUCCCCUCCAUACCUGAAGGCAUGCUUCUUUAACACCAGCAGCGAGACAGAUGAAAAGGUAAGAAAGAAGGACCAUUUCUACACAGUGAAGAUCUUAUACACAUGUGGAUAUGCUGCCUCUUUACUAGCAUUAGUGAGCGCCAUCAGCAUCUUCUCCCUUUUUAGGAAACUUCACUGCCCCAGAAAUUAUAUCCAUAUGAACCUUUUUGUAUCUUUCAUCAUACGUGGAGCUUCCGUGUUCAUUAAAGACGCCAUUCUUUUUGCAGAUGAGGAUAUUGAUCAUUGCACGAUGUCUACGGUGAGCUGUAAGGCGGCUGUUGUUUUUUUCCAGUAUUCCAUCCUUGCAAAUUUCUCCUGGCUCCUGGUGGAGGGAAUGUAUCUACACACCCUACUUACCCUCACGUUUACCUCACAGAAGCGCUAUUUUUGGUGGUACAUCGUCAUUGGCUGGGGUCUCCCAGCACUUACCAUUGCAGUGUGGAUAAAGACAAGGAUCAGCUUUGAUAACACUGGGUGCUGGGAUGACUAUGAAAACAUUUACUGGUGGAUAAUCAAGACUCCAAUUCUAGUUGCGAUAUUUCUGAACUUCAUCAUAUUCCUAAAUGUGAUCAGAAUUCUUCUGCAGAAAAUACGAUGUCCAGAUAUCAGUAAGAACUACAAGCAGCAGUACAUGAGACUAGCUAAAUCAACCCUACUCCUGAUCCCUCUGUUUGGAAUUCAUUAUGUCAUUUUCGCCUUGUUUCCUGAGCACAUUGGUGUCUGGGCCAGAUUAUAUUUUGAACUUGUUCUUGGAUCAAAUCAGGGCUUCAUUGUGGCUUUAUUAUACUGCUUCCUCAACGGGGAGGUACAGACUGAGUUCCAGCGACACUGGGGCAAGUGGCAGACUUCACUGGAAAGCAAUGUGUUUAAUCUGGUUACACAAGACUUUACGGCAUAAACAUCUCUUAUUUGGUCCAUGUAAAAUGGAAUCUAGAUGCUAAUAUUACGGUUGGGGGUCCCGAUCCUGAAUAGGUUUGAAAAUCAAGCAUUUACAGAAAAUAAAAAUCAGAAAGCAUUCUACAUACCCACCAGUCACACGCUAUGCCAUGUACAUAAAACAUUUUAUAUGUAAAUUAUUAUACAAAACAAGUAUAUGUGGUUAAGUUUUAGAGAUUGUAAUAAAGUCACCAACCAUUUGGA